UGGCCUGCAACUCCCACCAUCACUACCACAAGAGCAGGACUGAAGUAUCCAACCCUCUCUUGUGAGCCUUACCUAGUGAUCGAGUGUGAGAGAUAGAUAUGGCAUCCAAGGUCAUCCCUUCCCUUCUCGUAGCGCUGGUGCUCAUCCAGUGCGCCGCUGCCUGCGAGCCUUCCUGCGAAAACCCACCCGUCUACAAGCCCCCUGUGUACAAGCCCCCCGUGUACAAGCCCCCUGUGUACAAGCCUCACUACCCAGCUUACCCACAUUGCCCGGUCGACGCCCUGAAGCUCGGCGUCUGCGUCGACCUGCUCCACGGCCUGCUUAACCUGGUCAUCGGCCACCCGCCGAGUGGCUCCGACUGCUGCCCCCUCAUCAAGGGCCUGGUCGACCUUGAGGCCGCUGCCUGCCUCUGCACCGCCAUCAAGGCCGACAUCUUGGGCAUCCACGUCGACCUCGACGUCAAGCUCACCCUCCUCGCCAACACCUGCGGCUGCUCCAUCCCCGACGGAUACAAGUGCGCUUAAGCUAAUGCUCCGGUGCUGCUCCUUCCACGUUCUCGCGCGUCAUUCCGGCUAUCUGCCUUAUAUUUCUAGUUUUCUUGUUUGAUUCAAGCACCCCUUGAAUGCUCUUUGGUGUGGUUACAAUAAGGUGUUUGUCUGAAUUCUCUGUAAUCCUGCUCUGUUAUUUGUAUUAGUUCAUUUAUCCUAUUGUUGCCUGUUAAACAGGCCAUUCAAGAAAAAGCAAAAAAAAAAAAAGAUUUGUCGGAAG